AUGACUACACUCGACCAGAUCUAUAAAUUGUAUAUUUUGCCAGUGUUAAAUUAUGCAGAUGUAAUCUAUGCGUAUGCGAGAGAGAUUCAGACUGCAAAUACCCCUUUGCCCAAUGUAUUAGCUUAUUUAAAACCAAUUGCUAAACUAGAGUACGAUGCUGCACUGAUUGUUAGUGGUGUUAUGUGUCUCAGUUCGCGAGAUAAAGUCUUCAACAUACUAGGAUGGCUAUCACUUGAACAUCUAUCGGAUGUCCCAGGUAAAAUGACCUUUUUUGUUUUUGCGAUAACUCCAUCAUUUUUUGUGCAAUCUGCUCAAACUUUUCUUUAAACGAUGCGCCAUUUAGUUCUCUACAAAACCAUAUGUCACCAAUUUUCUCGGAGUAGAAAUUCUUAGAGUUAUAAAAGAAAAGGUGAGGACGUGUAAAAGUGCCAACUUUCUAAGCCAAAGUUGCCGCACUUUCUUUGACAUUUUUGGCAAGUGAAAUCACACUGACUGCUUUAGUUUAUGUUUGUUUCUAGUACUUUAAAGUAUGCUCUUUCUAAUGGCCUACAAGUAACGUUUGUUGUCCACUUAGCUGGCUCAAAAAGUCAAGAAUUUUUGCCAGUACCAAACCUUGUUUUACAACCUGUGUCAAAUAGAGUAGAGGGUGACAUGCGGUGUGCCAAAUUAUCAAAAGCGAUUUCAUCGAGCAAGUGCGACUACAGGCUACAAAAUGAAAAAAAUUAUCGAAAAAAGAUGAGUUUUGGCUGAGUUAUGAGGAUUUUCGUGGAAGAGAUAAAAAGAUGAUUGCAAAAUGGUGUUUUUCUGAGAAAACAGAAAAAUCUCUUCUCGCCGAUGUGGGCUUUGGAAAAUUUCUUCCGAAUGGCCGUCUCGGAUUUUAGAUUCUGAUGAAGAUUUUUUGCCGUAGAAAGUUGGAAUCUUUACACAUCCUCGCUUCUUCUUCUAUAACUCUAAGAAUUUCUACUCCGAGAAAAUUGGUGACACAUGUUUUUGUAGAGAAUUAAAUGACGCAUCGUUUAAAAAAAAGUUUAAGCAGAUUGCACAAAAAUGAUGGAGUUAUCGCAAAAACAAAAAAGGCCAUUUUACCUGGGACACCUGAUAUUUGCGACGCACAAAAUUUUAUUAUUAUUCAAAAUAUUUAGAGGCCUUACUCCACUUUUUCUAGCUGAUAGAAUACUAAGAUCAGUACCAACAACAACUAUGACCAUGCGACCUGCUUCUAAGAAACGCAUGAACACAUGUCAUACACAUAAAGUUAAGCUCGAAACUACAUUUUUUCUCAUGGACAAUCAGGUAAUGGAAUGCCUUACCUACUGCUAUUAUUACAAUUUCUGCUUUAAGAAAAUUCCGUUCUGCAAUAAACGAUUAUUUUUUUCCUUGCUAUAAAAUGACCGCGAUUCAAAAACAUUGAAAGAAAAUAUGACAUGAUUCUUAAUCAAAUGCACGUAAAUUUUUCUCCCUUCAAUGAUCACCUAUAGAAAAGGAACUUAGUUGGUAUCCAACAGAAAACAUU